CCCGUGUUCCUUUCACCGCGAUCAGAGUUCCCGCUGACGGGCACGCUGGAAGCUAGUUCAUGGUCGCGCGAGCUUGUGCUCUUUUUGCGCUUAUUUGUGUCCUCCUGGGGAAACGCCCAUCGGAAUUUUUUUUUUCUUCGGCCAAACCGCACAGUGUUUAGGUCGUUCGCCGGACGUAGAUCGGUAUUUCUGCCUGCCGAAGCGCGCAACGAGCCCAGCCCUUGCAUGCAGCUGUAGCUUUGGCUUCAGGAGCACCCUCUUCGCCCUGCGGUCAUGCAUUGCCGCUAGCGAUGCAGCUCAGCAGCCGAGCAAAGCACCUCCUCCACUGCUGCCUUUGCGUGGGACUCAUCCUCAUCGUCGAAGUGUUCACCGGUGGCAUCCACCUGUGGAAGUUCAGCUAUGAUGAAGUGGAUCCUGUGCGCCAGUACGGCUGGCCCUGGACGAUAUUCCUCUACCUGAUGCGUCUGCUGACAGUGCUGGCACUGCCGCAGUGCAUCUGCAACUGCCUCGGCCUGCUGUUGUACAACGCCUUCCCGGAGAAGGUCCGCCUCAAGGGCUCCCCGCUCCUGGCACCGUUCGUCUGCAUCCGCGUCGUGACCCGUGGCGACUAUGCUGACCUGGUCCGGGGCAACGUGGCACGGAACAUCGAGACGUGCGCAGACGUCGGCCUGGAGAACUUUAUUGUGGAGGUUGUGACGGACAAGGCACUGGGGCUGGCGAAGCAUCCUCGCAUCCGCGAGGUCGUGGUCCCCACGACGUACCGGCCCAAGAGCGGGGCCCUCUUCAAGGCCCGCGCGCUCCAGUACUGCCUCGAAGACGACGUGAACAUCCUGAGCGACGACGACUGGAUUGUUCACCUGGACGAAGAGACGCUCCUGACGGAAGACUCGUUGCGCGGCAUCCUCAACUUCGCAUUCGACGGGCGCCAUGCCUUCGGCCAGGGACUCAUCACAUACGCCAACGAACGGGUGGUCAACUGGGUGACGACGCUCGCAGAUAGCUUCCGGGUGGCAGACGACAUGGGCAAGCUCCGCUUCCAGUUCUGGGCCUUCCACCGGCCGCUCUUCGGCUGGAAGGGUUCCUACGUCGUGGCGCGGGCCGGCGCCGAGCGCCGGGUGUCCUUCGACCACGGCCUCGACGGGUCCGUCGCCGAAGACUGCUUCUUCAGCAUGGUGGCCUUCCGCGAGGGCUACACAUUCGACUUCAUCCCCGGUGAGAUGUGGGAGAAGAGUCCCUUCUCCUUCUGGGACUUCCUGCAACAGCGGAAACGGUGGAUGCAGGGGAUCUUCCUCGUCGUGCACAGCGGGGCCAUCCCAAUCCGCCACAAGUUCCUGCUGUCGCUCGCGCUCUACUCGUGGGCCACCAUCCCGCUCAGCACGUCCAACCUCGUGCUCGCCGCGCUCUGGCCGAUUCCGUGCCCAACCCCGCUCAACUUCCUGUGUGCCUUUGUGGGUGCCAUGAACAUCUACAUGUAUGUCUUCGGAGUCAUCAAAUCCUUCAGCCUGUACCGCCUGGGCCCCGUGCGCUUUCUGCUCUGCCUCCUCGGGGCGGUGUCUACCAUCCCUUUCAACGUGGUCAUUGAGAACAUCGCCGUGCUCUGGGGCUGCUUCGGCCACAAGUACCGCUUCUAUGUGGUUGCAAAGCAGCUGGCAAACCCCAUCAACGUCUGACGCCCCUCGUCCCGUACCCACGUUCCGACGUACACAUUCUCCUUUAUCUCCCCCUAUACUUAGAAUGAUUGUUAGCGUGCACUAAGUUAUUGUUCCGCCGACCCCGAAACCACUUUCCCUGCUUGUGCGAUUUACCAUUAACACUGUCUUGUCGCGGUAACGAUGCCGGGAGCAGACGUCGACGAGGCACGGAUAUUACGCUGGGCUGGCUGGUUCAGCCCGAGUUCUACGAACACGCACACAUACACACACGCACGUGCCAGGGACGAAUGCCGUCCUGUCCAAAGAGUAGGCACAUCCAAUGAGAAGUUUUCCCUGCACCUUUUUUUUUAAGGUGCAGAAACAGCUGUAGGCAAAAAAGAGCACAAGCACUUGUUUUGGCUUGGGUAAAGAACAGGCUGCAUUCUUUCGAAAGCCGCGCAGUUCUUCAGGGGGCUGUUUUUUUGUUUGUCGUGCAGACAGACGAUUUGAGGGCAUUUGAACGAGUUAAUGCUCAAGGUGGCCAUAAUGGAACCCCAGAGUUUUGACAGUUGACUUUGUGUGCCAGACUGAUUGGAAAAGUUCAUCUUACAACUUUUUUCUAUGUUUAAAGCUUUGUUUUGGUGUGCAUGCACGUUAGCCUGGUUGCUAAGUUAGAUAACCGGGCCUAACUUUAUCGUCGUUUUAAUAAUGAUUUGUUCGAAUAAAUGCCUAAAGCAAUACAGCUUGCUUUUUUUUUUUUAUGACUUGCACCUAUAUUUUAGUUUGAGAUUUGAAUGUUGGAGGCAGGAAAUAAAGAAAAAUAUACUGUUUGAACGAUAAUGUAAUAUUAGCCCAACUUGGAUACCCUUCGACUACAUUCAGGCCGGUUUGGGAAGAGGAACCCCAGAGAUGUAAUUGAGCUACCUUUUGGGACCUUCCCUCUCGAUUGUAAUCUGGUGAGUUGACACAAGACAUGGAUCUGACAAUAAAGCCUAGUAGAUUGCCAA